AUGCGCAAGAGCACUGCGGCGGUACCGCUCGCCGCGCAGGUGCAGGUCACCGCCUCGGUCGCUCCCGCAGACAACAGUCGGCAAGGUGUCUACCGACCCAAGGGUCGCCCGCAGGAGGAAGAGCUGGAAGACACGAGCGACGACGAGAACCCAGACGACACCAUCCAGGUAUCGCACAGUCUCGCCCAGCAGAAGCUCGCCGCGCUCGCGGAUCCGAACCGGCGCCGCCAUUCGGACCGUGGUCUCCCGACGCCGCAGCAACAGCAGCAGCUGCAGCAAAUGCAACAGAUACAGGAGCACGGCCGGGCGCAGCUCCCGACCGUUGCGACUGCACCCAUACCGCUGAAUCACCCGUACAACCUUCCUGCCCCACCGCCGCCGAUGACCCCGCGGACAACGCGAAGACAGAUGCUCCAGACGGAGCUGUCGGAGAGUCUGCGGCGGAACCUGCUCUGGGAGAGGCAGGUCAGCCGGGUGAACAUGACCAGACAGCGCGGGGGCGUGUUGGGGAGCGGGUUGAGGCCGCUGACGUCGAUGAACGAUAUGCCUGUGCAACAAGCGCAGGGUUCGGACCAGCAGCAGCAGCAGCAGCCACAACAACGACAGCCGGACGAUAAGGAGGAGAAGCGGCGGCGCGCUAUGGCGCGGAAUCGGAGCUGGGCGGACGACUACCACUACUCGGGGUGGUGA